GCAACUGUCAGGCAGGGCGGCCCGGCGGAUAUUGGCUCGGCGACACGCCGAGGCUCCUCCCCAGUCUGGAUCUUUUAUAUUUUGGGAGAAUUUCUUUGAACUCAGUUCCCAAGCCCGGUGCGGGAGACAAGUUCCCACAGCCUGGCUGGCAGGCGGGGGCCGGCGAGGAGGGGUCGCCCCCCGCCCCCCGUCUCCGCGGCGGCCGCGUGCCGCCUAGUAUUUCUCGGUGCCCUCUUGGAGGCACACCGACCGGCUGGGCAGAGGGAAAUGCCCACGAGCUGGAUGUGACCGGGAAAGGAGAACGUGGGACCCGAGGCAGCAGCUGAAGAGGAUGCGGAAAAGCAUUCUUUGAAGAGAGCAAACCAGCUCCUCCAACCCUUUUGCCAAUUGGUGCUAUUACUUCUGGGGUCCAUUUGCUUGGAUUCCCCGCCCCUCGCAUUCACAAACCUUUGACUUACGGACCGAGGAGACUGCCCCAGAAUUGGAGGACACUGCUGGGUCGGAAGACCCUGUGGAUGUAGCGUGGGUUGGAACAUUUAGACCCUCUGCUCUCGAAAAGCCAUCAUGAAUUCGGUAGCUGGGAAUAAAGAGAGGAUUGCAGUCUCCACCAGGGGCAAGAAAUACGCGGUGAAUGAAGUCUGCUCGCCCACCAAACCCGCGGCGCCCUUCUCCCCCGAGAGCUGGUACCGCAAAGCCUACGAGGAGUCGCGCGCCUCCAGCCGGCCCACCCCCGAGGGCGCGGGCUCGGCGCUCGGCUCGUCGGGCACGCCGUCCCCGGGCUCGGGCACCUCGUCCCCGAGCUCGUUCACUGGGUCCCCGGGCCCCGCCUCCCCGGGCAUCGGCACCAGCUCGCCGGGUUCCUUGGGCGGCUCGCCGGGCUUCGGCACGGGCUCCCCAGGCUCGGGCAGCGGCGGCGGCUCAUCGCCCGGCUCGGACCGCGGCGUCUGGUGCGAGAACUGCAACGCCCGCCUGGUGGAGCUGAAGAGGCAGGCGCUGAAGCUGCUGCUCCCGGGGCCCUUCCCCGGCAAGGAUCCUGCUUUCUCGGCUGUCAUUCAUGAGAAGCUUCAGGUUCCCAACACCAUCCGGAAGGCAUGGAACGACAGGGACAACCGUUGUGACAUUUGUGCCACACACUUGAACCAGCUGAAGCAGGAGGCCAUUCAGAUGGUGCUGACAUUGGAGCAGGCAGCAGGCAGCGAGCACUAUGAUGCUUCACCAGGCUCCCCGCCACCUCUCUCCAACAUCCCUGCCCUGGUGGGCUCCCGGCAUGCGGCAGGGCUCCAGCAGCCCAGAGACUGGGCCUUUGUGCCUGCCUCCUAUGCCACCUCCACCUAUACAGGUUUUAUCACCAACAAGCACAGCAGCAAACCCAACAGCCUCGGGGUCAGCAAUGGGGCAGAGAAGAAGAGUGGGUCCCCAACCCACCAGGCAAAGGUCAGUCUGCAGAUGGCCACCAGUCCCAGCAAUGGAAACAUUCUCAACUCUGUGGCCAUCCAAGCUCACCAGUAUGUAGAUGGUACCUGGUCUUUAUCGAGAACCAAUGGAGUCACUCUGUAUCCGUACCAGAUCUCCCAGCUGAUGACUGAGACUGGCCGGGAGGGCCUGACAGAAGCAGCACUGAAUCGCUAUAAUGCUGACAAGCCUUCAGCCUGCAGUGCUCCGGCCCCAACCUCGCAGGGCUCCUGUGUUGCCAGUGAGACGUCCACGGGCACAUCGGUGGCUGCAUCCUUCUUUGCAAGAGCUGCCCAGAAGUUGAACCUUUCUUCCAAGAAGAAGAAACAUCGACCGUCCACGUCUUCCGUGGCUGAGCCACCUCUCUUUGCCACCAGCUUCAGUGGCAUCCUGCAGGUGUCCCCACCUCCUGCCCCUCCAUGUCUGCUGAGGGCAGUCAACAAGGUGAAGGACACACCUGGCCUAGGCAAGGUGAAAGUCAUGCUUCGCAUUUGUUCUACCUUGGCUCGUGAUACCUCAGAAUCCAGCUCUUUCUUAAAGGUGGACCCCCGGAAAAAGCAGAUCACCUUGUAUGAUCCUCUGACAUGUGGAGGUCAAAAUGCAUUCCAAAAGAGAGGCAGCCAAGUCCCUCCCAAGAUGUUUGCCUUCGACGCAGUUUUUCCACAAGAUGCAUCUCAGGCCGAAGUGUGUGCUGGAACUGUGGCAGAGGUAAUCCAGUCUGUGGUCAACGGGGCAGAUGGCUGUGUGUUCUGCUUUGGACAUGCCAAGCUGGGGAAAUCUUACACCAUGAUCGGAAAGGAUGACUCCAUGCAGAACCUCGGCAUCAUCCCCUGCGCCAUCUCUUGGCUCUUCAAGCUCAUCAAUGAACGAAAAGAAAAGACAGGAGCUCGUUUCUCAGUGCGGAUCUCAGCGGUUGAAGUGUGGGGCAAAGAGGAGAACCUGAGGGACCUGCUCUCCGAGGUGGCCACAGGCAGUCUGCAGGACGGCCAGUCCCCGGGCGUGUACCUGUGUGAGGACCCCAUCUGUGGCACACAGCUGCAGAACCAGAGCGAGCUGCGCGCACCCACUGCAGAGAAGGCUGCUUUCUUCCUGGAUGCGGCUAUUGCUUCCCGCCGAGGCAACCAGCAGGACUGUGACGAGGAUGACCACCGCAACUCCCACAUGCUCUUCACCUUGCACAUCUAUCAGUACCGGAUGGAGAAGAGUGGGAAAGGGGGAAUGUCUGGAGGCCGGAGCCGCCUGCACCUCAUUGAUCUUGGCAGCUGUGUGAAAGCUCUUAGCAAAAAUCGGGAAGGAGGAUCAGGGCCAUGCCUCUCCCUGUCUGCUCUGGGCAAUGUCAUCCUGGCUCUUGUCAAUGGCAGCAAACACAUCCCGUACAAGGAGAGCAAGCUCACCAUGCUGCUGCGGGAGUCCCUGGGGAACAUGAACUGCCGCACCACCAUGAUCGCUCACAUCUCAGCCGCUGCCGGCAACUACGCAGAAACCCUGUCCACCAUCCAGAUUGCCUCAAGAGUCCUCAGGAUGAAGAAAAAGAAAACGAAGUACACAUCGAGCUCUUCCGGGGGUGAGAGCUCCUGUGAAGAAGGCCGGAUGCGCAGGCCCACUCAGCUGCGGCCCUUCCAAGCCCGGACGGCCAUGGACUCGGACUUCCCCAUCGCUCACCUUUCCAGUGACCCCGACUACUCCUCUAGCAGUGAGCAGUCCUGCGACACAGUCAUCUACAUUGGGCCGAACGGCACCGCCCUCUCUGACAAGGAGCUCACUGACAACGAGGGGCCCCCAGACUUUGUCCCCAUUGUGCCAGCCCUGCAGAAGACCAGGGGUGACAGCCGGCCCCCAGAGACUGGGGAGGCCGUGGCCAGCAAAGCCGAAAGGGACUGCUUGAAAUGCAACACGUUUGCAGAGCUCCAAGAGAGGCUGGAUUGCAUUGACGGCAGCGAAGAGCCCAGUAAAUUCCAUUUCGAAGAGCUGCCCACACAGUUUGGGGCAGAGACAGCCAGCAAGGGUUCCCCGGUGAGCCAAGCUGUAGCAGGGCUCUGCGAAUCUGAGAAGGAAGACAUUGGGACUGAGUCCGAGAGCCAAAUGGCCCGUAGAGAAGGUGCCGAGCCUCUCAUCUCCAAGACGCAGAGGAACCACUCGCCCAUCCCCACAGCCACGCUACCCCACAGCCCCAGCCCCGCCUCGCCCAGGAGCAUCCCAGGCAGCAGCAGCCAGCACAGUUCCCAACUGGCACAGAGCCCCAGCCUCCAGAGCAGCCGAGAGAGCCUCAACUCCUGUGGCUUUGUGGAAGGCAAGCCCCGGCCCAUGGGCUCCCCCCGCCUGGGCAUCGCCAGCCUCUCCAAGACCUCAGAGUACAAACCAGCCAGCUCUCCUUCACAGAGAUGCAAAGUCUACACCCAGAAGGGCAUCCUGCCUGCUCUGGCCCCACUGCCACCCUUGAGCAAGGACUCCCGCAUGGUCUCCAGCGAGUCCCUGCUGCAGCCUGAGAUCCGCACGCCCCCCGUGGGCAUGAGCCCCCAGGUGCUGAAGAAAUCUAUGUCUGCUGGGAGCGAAGGGUUUGCCCACAGCCCUGGCGAUGAGGAGACUCAGGCAGCCAUGUCCCCAGAGGCCAAGAAGGAAAUUCUAAGCACCACGAUGGUGACUGUGCAGCAGCCACUGGAACUGAACGGGGAGGAUGAGCUGGUAUUCACGUUGGUGGAGGAGCUGACCAUCAGCGGUGUCCUGGAUAGUGGCCGCCCCACCAGCAUCAUCAGUUUCAACAGUGACUGCUCUGUGCAGGCCCUGGCCUCUGGCUCUCGGCCCGUCAGCAUCAUCGGCAGCAUCAGCGAGGACCUGGAGUGCUACUCCAACAUGGCUCCUGUCUCCGAGGUCAGCAUCACACAAUUCUUGCCUCUCCCGAAGCUGAGCCUGGAUGACAAGGGCCGUGAGGCCGGGAGCCGACGCUCCUCCAUCAGCUCCUGGCUGAGUGAGAUGAGCACGGGCAGUGACGGUGAGCAGUCGUGUCACAGUUUCAUUGCCCAGACCUGCUUUGGGCAUGGGGAAGCCAUGGCAGACCCUCCAGCCUCCGAGGUGGUGGGUGGCCUCCAGAACACAGCUGUGUGCAAAGAAAAGCCCAAGGCCUGCCCUGACAAUUUGCUCAUCUUGUCUGAAGUGGGGGAGGAGUCCUUCAACAAAGCACCCCCCAUCAAAGGCUGUAAGAUCUCCACGCUGGGUAAAGCCAUGGUCACCAUCUCCAACACAGCCAGCCUGAGCAGCUGUGAAGGGUACAUCCCCAUGCAGACCAACAUCACGGUGUACCCCUGCAUUGCCAUGAGCCCCCGGAACGUCCAAGAGGCCGAGGCGGCCGUGGCCAGCGUCAGCUCAGCCCCCAAAGCAGCCCAAGCCCAGGAGAGCAAGGAAACCAAUACCAAGAGAGAGAUGAAAUUUGAGGACCCCUGGCUGAAACGGGAAGAAGAGGUGAAAAAAGAGAAUACACAUCCCGGUGAAGAAGGGGGUAGGUCUGAGACUACCUCCAGCUCCCCAAAGCCUGAGACCAGGACGGAACAGGAGCAGGACCGGAAGACCAGCUCUGGGGAGCGACUGAGCAGUGAGGUGUCUGCCUCUCCACUCAAUGACAGCUUCAGGAGGGUCGCAGAUGGCUGUGAGAUGGCCCUGCCCAGCGUGACUGCCCAGAGCCCUGCAUAUCCCGGCAGAAACCUGAAGUCCAGCAGCCUUCCACGGGCUUUCCAGAAAGGCAGCCGACAGGAGGAGCUGGACAGCCUCUUCUACCACUGUGCCGCGGACAGCAACGGCCUGGGCACCCAGGCCUCCAAGGCAGCACUGGAGAGAAAGGUGGCAUCUCCCAAGCAUUGUGUUCUCGCUCGGCCCAAAGGGAUCCCACCCCUACCCCCGGUCCGGAAGUCCAGCUUGGACCAGAAGAACCGAGCCAGCCCGCAACACAGUGCUUGCAGCAGCAGCACCAGCAGCCCCUUGAACCAGCCAGUGCCCUUCUUGGCCGGUUUCCCGGAUGAGUCCGGCAGCAAGAUGAAGGAUGCCAGCAGCAGCAGCAAGCUCUUCAGCGCCAAACUGGAGCAGCUGGCCAGCAGGACCAACUCCCUGGGUAGGACCACAGUCAGCCACUACGAAUGCCUCUCGCUGGAACGAGCCGAGAGCCUGUCCUCCAUGAGUUCGCGGCUGCAUGCCAGCAAGGACAGCACCAUGCCCCGCGUGGGCCGGAGCCUGGGCCGCAGUGCAGGGGCCUCGCCCACUAACCCCAGCCCCUCUCCGUGUCCCGGGGCCUCACCCAAGGCCAGCCAGUCCAAGAUCUCGGCGGUGAGCAAGCUCCUCCUGGCCAGCCCCAAAGCGCGCAGCCUGUCCACUUCCACCACCAAAACCCUCAGCUUCUCCACCAAGUCGCUGCCGCAGUCGGUGGGCCAGAGCUCCAACCUGCCGCCCAGUGGGAAGCACAUGUCCUGGUCCACGCAGUCCUUGAGCCGCACUCGCGGCUCCGGCCUGACGUCCAAGCUGCCGCUCCGCGCCGUCAACGGGCGCAUCUCGGAGCUGCUGCAGGGCAGCGCCGGGCCCCGGGGCCUGCAGCUGCGGGCCGGGCCCGAGGCCGAUGAGCGCGGUGCGGCCCCCGACGACAAGCCGCCCGCGCACCUGCUGCCCUCCCCCUACAGCAAGAUCACACCGCCGCGCAAGCCGCAUCGCUGCAGCAGCGGCCACGGCAGCGACAACAGCAGCGUGCUCAGCGGGGAGCUGCCCCCGGCCAUGGGCAAGACCGCGCUCUUCUACCACAGCGGCGGCAGCAGCGGCUACGAGAGCAUGAUGCGCGACAGCGAGGCCACCGGCAGCGCCUCCUCCGCGCAGGACUCCAUGAGCGAGAACAGCAGCUCCGUCAGCGGCAGGUGCCGGAGCCUCAAAACCCCAAAGAAACGCUCCAAUUCAGGUUCUCAGAGACGGAGGCUCAUCCCAGCACUGUCCCUUGAUACCCCCUCUCCUGUGAGGAAACCUGCCAAUGGCUCCGGGGUCCGCUGGGUGGAUGGCCCCUUACGCAGUGCCCAGAGGGGCCUGGGGGAGCCCUUUGAGAUCAAAGUCUAUGAGAUUGAUGAUGUGGAACGGCUGCAGCGGCGACGAGGAGGCAACAAUAAGGAAGUCAUGUGCUUCAACGCCAAACUGAAAAUUCUGGAGCAUCGUCAGCAGAGAAUCGCUGAGGUCCGGGCCAAGUAUGAGUGGCUGAUGAAGGAGCUGGAGACAACCAAGCAGUACCUGAUGCUGGAUCCCAACAAGUGGCUCAGUGAAUUUGAUUUGGAGCAGGUUUUGGAACUGGAUUCCCUGGAGUACCUGGAAGCGCUGGAGUGUGUGACAGAGCGCCUGGAGAACCGUGUCAACUUCUGCAAGGCUCACCUCAUGAUGAUUACCUGCUUUGACAUCACCUCCAGGCGCCGGUGAACAGAGCCCCCGCCCCCACCCCCUCCCUCCCAGGACUCCCGUCCAGGCCCACUCUCAAGGGCCUUGCAUGCGGGACUGGUGGCUCUCAAAGACAACGCAAGGAGGAAGAAGGUUGGUGGCAAGUCCAGAGUGAGUGUGGAGCGGAAGGAGGUCUUUUUUCUUUUGUUUCCUGUAGGAAAGGUACAACACCAAACAUGCAUGGGAGAAGAUGAUGGAAAACCCAAGGAAUGGAGAAGCCCCGUGAGACUGAAAAAGCACUUUGAGGAACUUUCAAGAACAUGUUUGUACAUAAGAACUGCUGGCAAAAGGGACCUCCCUCUUCUUGCAGUUUUGUGAGAAGGGGGGAGGGGUGGACACAGGAUUGAUGUUGAAAGCUACAACAAACAACCACAAAAAAUUUUAUCCAGAAUGACUGAUUAAGUGCCUUUCAAAUCUUUAUUAUUAUCCAAACAUUUAUGUUCAUACUUUCUUGUGUACAGAUGGUGCUAGUCAAGAUGAAAAUAACAACAAACAAAAAUGAAACUCAGACACAUUUUUGAAAUGUAUUUACAGCUCAUGUUCUCUUGGUGUCUUAUUCUAUUUCUGACUUGCUGUUUCUGAGUAAGUUGUGUUUGUAGCACUAUUUCCUAAUCAGUAUUGCAUAUAAAUAAAUGUUGUCUUUUACGGUUACUCUGGUAAGGCCACUCAAACAAAACACAGACACUUCAUAGACAUGAAAUGGCAUGUUCCAGAAGGUUGGAGCAGCAGGUGAUACUGGGUGCCACCUGUGACAUGUGGCACAGGCAGGGGGAUGGGAAGGUUGGUAACAGAACAGUUGCACAAAUUUGAGGAAGCUGGAAAGGAUACUGGGGAUUGUGUCCUGGAGGGGAAAGGAGCUCAGGAGACCUGGGCCCUUCCUUCUUCAACUGUGUUAUUUGUUCAUCUGUGUGACCCCCCUACAAGUCCUGACAUACAUGCUGAUUCCUUUGCCAUUAACCUCAGGCUUUCCAUAGCCCUCAUUGUUUAAAUUGAGUUCUCUUCCAAAGACUGGA